UAAUAAUAUCCACACCGUAUCUGAGUCAGUGCUGGUAAUUCUAACAAGAUAGUUACGUUCGUUAUAGAAUGCUUGUAUGCUCGUUGGUUAUAGAUGAGGAACGUAAUAAAUUGCCUUACUUCAUUAAUAAAAAUUUUGAGAGAUGAUUUGUUUCCUAGUACUUUAUCAAUGCUUAGAAAGAAAAUAUUUUCACAUUAAACAAUGAAUUAUAUAACAGUGCGCGAUAUUUUGAACUUUUCUUGGACAGUAUUCCAGUAAAUCAGACUUGUAAUGGAUACUCACGUGACAUUCGCACGCUAGUUUUUUGUUGCGCACUUACUAUGCACUGUCCACUCAAUUCAAACACGAAGUAUGAAGUCGCGGGAAUAUAGCUUAAACCAAAUUUCGCAGGUUAUAAGAGCAAUUUGAAUCAAAUGACUUGCGGUUCUGUGGUAGCUGCUUCUUAAUGUGGAAUUUAAAAAGUGUUUUUACUUUUAAGACCAUGAAGUAUAAGUAAAUAAUUAUGUGGGUAAAGAAAAAAAAAAUUAUAUAAUUUGUAGCAAAACGAGUGUUUUAAUACCUUUCAUUUUAAUUGAGAGACUCAGUAAGUGUACCUUUCAAUCCCCUCCGAUGAUACACUUUAUGUUAUUCUGUUAGAUGUUUCUACUGGCUAUAUCCCUCGGUUAUUUGUUGUUGACAAUAUGGAAAGAUACGUGCAAAUACGAGUAGUUGGAAGAGGAUCUUUCGGAGCAGUUCACCUGUGCACUCGACAGGCGGACUGCAAGCCCGUCAUCGUUAAGUCCAUCCCAGUGGAGCAGAUAUCCGCGAAGGAUCUGGUGGCCGCCAGGAACGAGGUGCGGGUGCUGUCGAUGCUGACCCACCCCUGCAUAGUCCGGUACCUCGACAGCUUCCACGAGGACAGCGUGUUCAGCAUCGUGAUGGAGUUCGCCAGCGGCGGGACGCUCCAGGAGUUCAUCGCCCGGAGGGACGGGCGCUUGUUGCCCCAGAAGUCCGUGCUGCACCUGUUCUGCCAGGCGGUCCUGGCCGUUCAGCACGUCCACUCCCACAGGAUCCUGCACCGCGACCUCAAGACGGCCAACAUCUUCCUGACGGGCGGCCCCGCCUGCGUCGUCAAGGUCGGCGACUUCGGCAUCUCCAAGGUCCUGUCCAGCCGCAGCAGCGCAAGCACCGUGGUGGGGACGCCGUGCUACAUGUCGCCCGAGCUGUGCCAGGGCCAACACUACAACGCAAAGAGCGACAUCUGGGCGCUGGGCUGCGUCCUCUAUGAGAUGCUGACGCUGCGCAAGGCCUUCCAGGCGCCCACACUCGCGGCACUGGUGAUGAAGAUAAUGCAGGGAUCGUACAUGCCGGUGGACGGGGGCCAGUACGACAGUUGCCUGCUGCAGCUGCUGAGCAGCAUGCUGAGCUACAACCCAGCGCAUCGUCCAGCCGCCGACCAGAUAAUGGCACACGUUGCAGUCGUACCCACCCUCUACUCUCUCUACGUCGACUUGGGAGCCAUCAUCACCACUGUCGGUGACUAGGACUGUGUGCCAUCUUGACUGUUAGGAUUACAUCAAAGUGAGGGAAAGUUUGCUUCUGUCACGAAAUCGUGGGCAAAAUGCACUUAAUCACUGCAUUUGGUUUUUUUCCCACCUCCGAAACAAGAAUUUCUCUGCCAUUUAGAAAUUCUUGUUUUGGAGGUGGAAAAAAACAUUCCAAUUUUAAGCCAUGCUGUUCUAUUAUUUUUCCUAUAGCUGUAUUACAUAUUUUUUUUUUGCCAUGGUUAAAAAAAAUAUGCAUGUUUGUAUGAUACUUAGGUUGUAUGAUACUUAGGCUGUAUGAUACUUAGGCCUGGGCAGGAUCUUCAAUGCCAUGAUUUUGUCAGUAUCAGAAUCAUUGGUUCUUUUCAUGAGUAUUGAGGGUGUUUAUUUCUGUGUAAUAUGACAGAGUGCAUCCGGUGAUUUUUUUUAUUGUGCAAGUAAAAAAAAGGGAUCUUUGUGAGAAAAAAAUAUAUAAUGCACAUGUUAUUCUCCAAUACAAAA